AUGAAGCAAACCAAUCGCAAUUCGGCCAAUUCUGCUGCUUGUGACGUCAUGGCAUUGUGGGAACGAGCGGGCAUUCCAACUAAAUUGAAAAAAGAUGUUAUAAAGAAGAUAGAGAACAAGUUUAAUGAGUGGCAAAAGUUGAAAAAAAAUAAAGAAAAUAAAUUCAAACGCUCUGAAGGUCUACGAAAUAAAGAAAAGGAGUGGCAAAAUUGUUUGGAAGACCUGUUUGACAUAGCACACGCUGAUGCUCUAAACAGGAUUACCAUUGAGGAAGAUAGAUUAUUUUUAAUUGAGCAGAGAAAAAGAGGACGCCCUGUGAGGGCGGGACCUUCGACGGCAGAUUUAGAAGUCCCACCUAAACGCAAACGCGGCAGAAAGAACAUCUUUGAUGAACGCUUAUCCGCAAGCCUCGACUAUGCUAAAUUAAGUGACAGGAAAGCAGCUGUUGUUUUGACAUCAAUGCUCAAAAGUACAGGUACCAAUCCAUCAGAGUUCAAUAUAAAUUCAUCCUCAAUUCGUCGCCAGCGUAUCAAGCAAAGGCAAAGGGUAGCGGAAUCCUUAAAGAAAGAAUUUAAUCCAAAUACGCCUCUUGCUGUUCAUUGGGACGGCAAACGGAUCGAGGACAUAAUAGGACACAAAACAGUGGAUCGCCUUCCCAUUUUAGUAUCAGGACAGGGUGUAGAUCAACUUUUGGCAGUUCCAAAACUCAGUCAUGGAACUGGGGAGGCGUGUGCUUCAGCUGUUUAUGACACUAUUCUUUCUUGGAACUUGAGCGACAAAAUAAAAUGCUUUUGCUUCGACACCACUGCGGUCAACACUGACCCUGACGCUUUAAGAUGCGUAGAAAAUAUAGUAGGCAGCACAAUUUCAUUUGCUGAAAAACAGCUAAAUGAUUAUCAGCCACGUGACGAUUACAAGAAACUGUUGACACUUACAAUAAUAUUUUUGGGAGGUGUGCCAAAUAAAAGGAUAUCAUUCAGAGCUCCAGCAGGUCUUCAUCGCGCACGAUGGAUGGCAAAAUCAAUUUAUUGCCUUAAGAUUUUUAUGUUCAGAGACCAGUUUAAACUGACAAAAAACGAACUUAAAGCCAUUACUGAGAUUUGCGUUUUCGUCGUUACGAUUUAUGUAAGAUGCUGGUUCCAAGCUCCCGUGGCAACUUCAGCACCAAGGAAUGACUUGUGGCUGUUGAAAAAUCUUAAGAAAUUUGAAAAUAUAAACAAAGCCAUGUCCAAAAAAGCUUUAACGAAGUUCCUGGGGCAUUUGUGGUAUCUGUCCGAAGAACUUGUUGCGCUUGCUUUUUUUGAUGAAGAAGUUUCUCUUGAAAUCAAACAAAAAAUGGUGAUUGCACUGAAUGAGGAAGGUCCAGACUAUAGCCCAAAGCGAAUCACUUUGGAUCUAAGUCACAUCGAAGAAAAAAAUAUUGAGGAUUUCGUGACCAGCAACACCUUAAGAUUUUUCAGAAUCCUGGGAAUUCCGUCUGCGUUUUUGCAAAAAGAACCUCGUCUUUGGGAAGAAGAUGAAGACUACAAAGCUUCCAGAGAAAUUGUACGUUCUAUGAGAGUGGUGAACGACAUUGCGGAACGCGGCGUAGCAUUGAUUGAAGAAUUUUAUAAACUAAUUACCACAGACGAAGAACAAAAACAAUUCCUCCUUUUGGUUUUAGAUAUGAAUGCAAAGGAGGAGGCAAAACUCCUAAAGUGGUUUGAGGAAGCUAGUGACUGCAGUGGGGAAAGUAGUUCCAGUGCCGAUCCUUUUGAGGACAACGAUGGAGAAUUCGAUGUAACAGACCCUACAUUUGAACCACCGAACAGUUCUUCUAGCAGUGGCGGUUCGUCCGAUGAAAAUAUUACCAGAAAAUGA